AUGAAGAUCUUUGGCUUCGCUUUCUUUGCUUUCCUCGCUACCGUAGUGGCGAUUGUGAACGCGGCUCCUCCCAUGCCUGCGGUUGUCGCCAACAGCGAUGCAGCCGUCCAAGCUCUGUGGACUAAGGCUAACGGAGGCAUGUUUGCCAACAGGCUCGCGGGCGAGUUCGCGUACCUGCAAGACGAUUGGGCCCACUUCCUCUCGACCGAGGGCGAAGGAGUCAUCAUGGACUUCUACAACCGAUUCUUCCAAGGCUCGCCUGCUGCCUUUCGCUACCAUGGGGGUUCAAAGCUCCUGAAGAUGGUAAAGUUCGAAGACACUAAACCGUACACGUUCAACACGGAGACCGAUGUUCUCAAGCCCGCUAUGGCCGCUGGCCUCGUCGAAAAAUUCGCCGAGCACCUCGCGACCAAGAGAGGCGGCUCCUCCGCCCGACAGAUGGGAGCCUCGGUCGAUACCGAGCUUCGCCUCGGCCGUGGGCUGGUGCUUGGAGCACCAAUGCCACCCUCGAACCUUGAUGGUCUCGAACCGGGCGUCAAGUACUUGUGGGAUUCUGCUCUCGUUGGCAAUCUGCAUGCCUCACUGCUCCAGUUCGAUCGAGGACUGCACAAUGCCUGGCGUGCAUUCCUCAACACCAAAGGCAGAGAGAUCGUCGAGCAACACUUCGCCCAAUUUGACGAGGCCAUUCGAGCUGGAAAGUCGACAAUCAUGGGAGUGGUUGAAUCCGAGCACCCUUCGCUCAUCAAUGUGCGCUACCACGACCAACUGCAGCCGCUGUCGAUCAAAAUCGUGCGCGCGUUUGCCGAGGAACGCAUGGCUCGACAGUAUCGCCUCCACAGAGUAACCCUGCGACUCAUUGAGGAAGCCAAGGAGCAUAUGCGCGCAGAGCAGGAGAGGCGCGAGUCCGAGGAGUGGAAGGGCUGGCUCAACGACUCGGACGGCGAAGCUGGUCCGAGCUCGGCAGCUGGCCGCGCUCCUUCGAACGACUAG